AUGGCCUCGCCACAUUCAGGUGACGACGACGGCAGUCUGUCCGAUUCCACCUUCGAGAUUAUCCCCCGCGACAGCACAGACGAGGGCAGCCUGGAUGGCCGGGCAGACUCCAUGUCUGAGUCUUUCUCCGAGCUUGACAGAUAUCCCAAUGCUGAAGAGGUCCAGGUCCUCCCCCCUGGGUUGGACGCCAUGAGCAACAGCGUGGGAAGUGCCUUCGAGUCGGAUUCUGAGCCCGAAGAUGACGCAUCUGCGGAAGAAGCCCCUGUUUCCGGACAGGAGGAGGGCUCUUCCCACUCAUAUCACGAUGCAGACGAAUUGCUGCGCAGCUCUUUCACCCAGGCCUCUGUUCCCAGGCCAUUCCCACCAACAUCAACGGGCUCCAUCGAGUUUAAUGAGCCAGAGGACGUCGACGUACACAUCGACAAAAUCUCCGUGAAGCAUACUAUCAGAGAGUUUACUGAGGAGGAGGCCACUGUGCUUCUCCGUAGCCUGGAUUUGGAGGACGUGCCUCGUCGCCUCUGCGCAAGCAUCCGGCAAACCAUGUCUCAGAGAUGCUUGUCGGCCCACGAGGCAUUCCGGGUCCUCUAUCUCGGCGAUGAGGACAUGAAAGGCGAGAUAAUACUCAAGAUCUCGCGUGCAAUUACUUGCUCAUCCUCGGUCGACUACAAUGAAAACAAAAUCCUCCGCAGGAACACCGAGGGCGUCUACAACAUAGUGCCUGUGACGUUCGGCGCUGUCAAAGACCGUGACGUCGAGCUGAUGGAGGCGUCAGCCUUCCAGAUCAAAGUCGACACCUGCGUUGACGCUGAUAAAAUCCCAAUCGAGGGAGGCUUCUUCCGAGAUGACAUCAUCUACUCUUUGACAGUGGAUGGGGGCAACGGCGGCAAGAAGUACAAAUCAGUCCCUGCCGGUGGCCCGGAGGGUGCUCAGGUCCAGCCCGCAUGGAGCCUUCCUCAUGUGGCUGUGAUCUACUGCAGCGAUGUUGACGAUCCGGAGAUGACCACUCGGCUCUUGGAGUCCCAAUCGCGGGAGGCAAGCUGGUCGGAGCAGAGGUUCCCGAUUGAUCUGACCUCGUUCCUUAACAUCGACAACCGCCAGAUGAACCAGAACCUCGCCUAUUUGACGGGUCUUCAAGAGCCAACCCAGGCCGCUGACGAGAAGGCGAAGGGUACUGUUUCGCUGACUGGCGGUCAAAAGGACUCGCCGGACGAGGACUCAAAGGAAUGGAAGGCUUAUGCUGAAAAGUUCUUGGAGCCCUAUAUACAGCUGAUGGAGGACUCUCGCUACUUCUCCCUCCACUGCUCCAUAGCUGUGGUUCUGCUGGUCGCGGUGUCCGCCUGGCUCAUCAACGUCAUCACCCCUACCUCGAUCAACGACCCAGCUGUACAUCGGGGACUGAAUGUCCUUCCAGAAACCUCAGCAGGUAUAAUAACAGCAACUGCGACAGUCACCGUCAGCCACACCUCGACGAAGACCGUCAAGCUCGCAACUGCGGAGACCCCUGCCUUCGGCGGGCUACUCUCUGACAUGGCCCACACUGUGAGCUUAGAGCCCAGCAUGAAGGACAGCAUCUGCACCGUCGAGAUGUACAGCGGAAACGAGAUCCUUCUCAAACUUCCAUCUGGUACGAAGGCCUCGUGGUUGGCCAAGGGCGCAAUCGAGGUUGAUGUCUUCCGCGGCAACAGCCCUGUCAAGUCCAAAUUGUCCAGUAUCGACGAGGGUAUCCUUGUUGAAAUCAACGAGAAGGAUGCGUACGGUGUAGUCAAUGUGUCUGUUGUCACCUCGCGGAAGCCCAAGAUCAACGAGACGUUUGCCAUCGAUUUCGGUACUUCAUUCUUCAUUGGAGCCUUGGAAGCAGCGAAAGGCACCUUUGAGGAAAUGGCUCAGGUGUUUGUUGACAGGGCGAAUGAUGCGGCCAAGCUCGUCGAAGACAACUACGCCUCGUCCUUCGCUUCAACAGAGGAGAGUGUUAGGAACGAGGUAGCGUCCUGGUGGGAGGCGAUCAAAGACGCCAGCCAGUCUGCACGUGCCUUUUCUUCUGAAAGGGUUGGAGAGACGUACGAUCGGGUCAAGGACUCUCUCCGUCGCGAAGAUAUGCGCUCGUAUCUCGAUGGUGCUCGCCAGAGUCUCGAUAGUGCUCGCCAGAGCUUGACCGAGAAGCAAGCCCGCCUCCUGGAGGACUCAGCGAAGAUCCGUCAUGAGGCGGACCUUGCUGUCCUCAAAGCGCAGAUCACAUCAAAGCUGUGGUGGCUGAAGGCGCAGGGCAAGUCCGAGGAGCAUGACGAGUACGAGCGUCAGGCUCGCUUGUUCGUCAAGAACCGCCAGGAGGCACUCAAGGCCGAGCAGUCCCGGGGUGCCUGUGCCGAGUCGAGCAGAUGCCCUCGAACUGGAGACAGCCCAUGCCGGUGCAAGAACAAGGGACUCAGCCGGUGGAAGGUCUAG